AUGUCACGGAAAAAUAAAUCAUCGAAUGAACAUCAUACAACCAAAAAAGGAAAAGAUAAGCCAACAUACAAAAUUAUCGUUUUAGGAUGUGGUGGCGUUGGCAAGUCGGCAAUAACUAUUCAAUUUGUAAAGUCUUUCUUUUUCUCGGAUUAUGAUCCGACGAUCGAAGAUUCUUAUGUAAAACAAUGUUUAAUCGAUAAUCAAAUUGCUCAACUAGAAAUUCUUGAUUCAGCUGGCCAAGAAGAAUUCAAACCUAUGCGUGAACAAUACAUGCGCGUUGGCGAAGGUUUUCUACUUGUUUUCUCGUUAACCGAUCGUCAUUCACUCGAAGAAUGUUAUAAACUACAUCGUGAUAUCAUACGUAUCAAAGAUUCAGAUCACGUUCCAAUGUUAUUAAUUGGAAACAAAUUAGAUAUACGUCAAACAGAUCUCGAUAUUCAAGCACGGAAUGCGGCAAUUGCUAUGCGGAUACCUUAUUACGAAACAUCCGCUCGUACACGUUACAAUAUUGAUGAAGUCUUUAUGGAACUCAUGAGAGAAAACUUAAAUGAACAACUCGAAGUUCUUCGUGCCAUCUUUUGUCGGACGAACGAACUUGUCUAUGAUGACCUAACCGAAAGAAUUACAUACAAUGCCUUCGAUGAUCAAUUACAAUGCGUGGGCUUUUCAGUCAGUGUCUAUACAAAUGAUAUGAUCAUCGUGGACAGUAAUGUGUUGUCUAAUGAUGAACUUAAACAAUUCAGAGCGAAGACAUGUGGUGUUGCAACAACUACAACAACAUUGUAUGAUUUAUUUAGUACAUUGAAAGAUUCUUACGAGCAAUUGAUAAUACAAAGAGCAAAACAAGAUUCGCGGGUGAAAGAAUGCCUGAAGUCAACAUUGAUGAGCAUUGAUCAUAUGCGUUCGCCGAAUGUUUACAUGAAACGUCUUCAUCAAUGGGCGGAUCAAUUACUUCUUACAGGUCGAGUCUUGGUGAUACCACAUCAUAUAUUCAUCUUGAUCGAAGGAACGAAUGAAGAUAUAAAACAAUUUAUUGUGAAGCUAAGAACUGAAACAGUCGAUAUCGACAGUCGAGGUCGACCUUGCAAAGAACGUCUGUUAACUCAAUUAGCUGAAAUAUGCACUGACUCAUCCAAAUUUUCAAACUUUGAAAGAAUCGAAUUCGAAACUCGACAAGAGCUUCUGUUAUAUUUGACAAAACAUGAAUACGAACAAUUGCACGAUCACAUUGCGAGAAAUCUAUAUAAUUCUUUGAUUGAAUUGCUCCGAUUAAUUAUUCAAUCUUGCUCUUCCAGAGAUCACCCGUUAAAGACGACAAUGAUUCAAUCAUUGAAAGGCCAAGAGCUUGAAAGAACGAACUUUUUUUGUGAUGGAUUUGUUUAA